AUGAAUGUCGUCUGUCUCUCUCUCGUGCGGUGCAUUCAAUACCGGCGUUUGGAUGAGGAAAGUGGUUGUAGUGAUGGGAAGUUGUCCGCACGACAGGGCUCCGGUGUGUGCCAUUCGGGCCUAGAAGAUGUUCAAAAUAGGAAGAGAGGUGUGUCCGUGAAGCACGCUUCUCGUACAUGCUGCCUUGGGGUAGAAAUGGAAAUGUGGGCGGCGGAGCACUUGUCGGGAGAUCGAAGGCGGAAAACCGCAGGUGAAAGAGAACUACUGAAGCUACUGAACGAACAGAGUGGCGCAAAAGGCCCGGAACGAGUGUUCCAAAUCAAGUACGCGGACAUACCGAUUCCCGAAAGAUAUGGCGAAAAACGCGUAGCGCAACAAUGCCACGGAAGCCACGACAAAUCGAAUCCACCACCGCCGUCUGCACAGGUACUUCCCACAAUCCUCGUUACCUAUCCAAGUGCAUCGUUAAACUGCCAACAGCAACAACGCCACGACUUGCACCAUUAUGACAAUGUGCGCAGUUCGGCCGUUUACGGAAUUACAGUACCAAAAACGCCAGCUAGUCCUCCCUUAGAACAAGAUAUUCGGAAUGUCAUUAAUCUGCCAAAAAAUCCCCUAAUUCUCUGCACCCUCCCCCAUGAUUUAUUUUUGGCCGCAGUCGACGCCAACAUCACCCACGACAUCGACAUUGACCAAUGCUGCGAUACACUAGCUCAACUCGUCACCGAUCGUGAAGAGAAAACCGUUGCUAGAGACCUCUUCCUCCAUUCCCAAGAAGCUGACUAG